AACUUGAGACGAAAAGCAGUCGACAGCUGACGAAAGUCUCAUUUUGUGGAGCCAGCGAUAAUUUUCCGAAAUCCAGAAAUAAAUGUCACUGUAGUAUCGAAAUACGCAGAGCUGAAGAGUCCUGCUGCUCCUGCAUAUAAUAUUUCUUGGAAACUAGACCAGAAAAGUUACUGGUAGUAGAACGCAACCUGAUCAGAAGGAGGAAACCAAGGAAUGAUUUUGCUACGUUUAGCAAGUUUCGGGUGCGGAAAGAGAACAACACAUCUCUGAGGAUUGAAUAACUUUAGGAUAUUAUUGUUGAUAUUGGAAUUAUUAUGUGAUAUACCAAAUGUUUUGAAGUGGAAUCGUGACUGGACUUUUACCAUGGCUGUUUUUGAGAAGAAGAAAUUUUCAAAAUUGACACUUGAUGACACAACUCCAUUGACAUGUACCAUUGAAGCUGCACAGAACUUGGAAAGUCAUACUGACUAUGUGAUACGUGUCCAAAGGGGGCCUAAUCCUGAAAACAGCUGGCAGAUCAACAGAAGAUACAGUGACUUUGUGACCCUUCAUGAUGGGUUGAAAGUGAGUGGUAUGGAACUAGGUCUACCACCCAAGAAAGUCUUUGGUAACAUGGAAAGAGAGUUUAUAGCCGAGAGGCAACAAGCACUGCAGGCCUACUUAAACAGGUUGCUUUCACACCAGCUGUUAUUGUCAUGUUUUCUAGUCAAGAGGUUCCUUGAUCCUACUAAUUAUGCUCCUAAUGGUGUAGAGGAUGCAUUGCAGCACGUGUCAAUGUUUUUCCGCUCCGAGCCCCAUUGGGAUGUAGUCGAGCCGCUGAAAGACAUUGGCUGGAGGCUAAGGAAAACUUACUUCAUGGUUAGGCCUAAAAGUCAACCCAAAGUGAAGCAAGUCCUGGCAUGGAGUUACUAUGGUCCAGACAAAUACCUCGACUACAAAGAUCUUGUGCCUAUCAUGAAACUCUUGCCAACCAUCCAACAUCCGUUCAUCUACCCCGUCACCUAUGUGUCUGCCAGUGACUCGGGAGGGUUAGCCAUACGCACAUUCCACGGCACAGGGACACUCAAAGAUUUCAUCUGUAAGGCCAAACCAAAGGCACAUUAUCUGAAAAAGUAUUGCUUGCCUAAAUCUCACAAUGCUUUCAAUAUCAUGAAUAUCAAGACGUAUGGACGCAUGAUACUAGAGGCAUUGAAGUUCCUUCAUGAGAAGGGUUUACCUUAUGGUCACCUACAUACGGGGAAUGUGAUGUUAGAAGGGAAUGCUUGUAGAUUACUUGAUAUUGAAAAUACUCUUCUGGGACUGCCAUUUUUCUACAGAGGAUACCUCUCGCACUUCAGAAAAAUCAAUACGACAGAAGCAGUUGAUGUGUAUUCCUUUGGCCAUCUUCUAUAUGAGAUGACGUUUGGAGUUCCUCUGAAUGUCCCUUCAAAAGAUGAUUUCCCCCACACGAUACCUCCCCCAAUCAAAUCUGUCUUGGAAUCCAUCCUUACAACAGAAGCUUGCAAGAGCAAGCUACCGACAGUUGAUGAUCUUCUUGCCGACCCUCUGUUUUCAGAUGUCGGCUUUCCGGAGAGAGACAGACCACAGUUUAGAAUACCCAGUAAGCUGAAGGAACCCCUCAAAGCUGCCAAAUCACAGGUGGAGAAAAGACUGCAGGAAGACGCGAGAGUGGUAUCUUCCUUCCGACGGUUAUCCAAGGCUCAGGCCCAUCACAACUCAGACGAGGAAAAACGAAGAAGAAAGAAGGCGAACUUAAAGAAACGGAUGUCGGAACAAAAUGUUGGAGAAUCCAACAACUCUACGCAACCUGCACAAACUAAUGGCAACCAUGCUGGAAAUGGUUCCGUUCCCGCACCCCCACCAGCGCCAGCCGCACCUCCUCCUGUACCGAAUGCUCCACCUCCACCACCAGCAGCAAGUCCAGGUCCAGCUCCAGCUCCAGUGAGCUCCACUCAGUCACCUGAACGUGGGGCCCUCCUCAGCUCCAUCACCGGCUUCAAAAAGGGAGGAUUGAAGAGGGCGGAAACCAUCGACAAAAGCGGUCCCAGAGUGUAGAUAGAUUAAGUUAUCCGUAGAUGUUCCAAAGCCAAUCGGAAGUGUGGUUUAGUGUAGCAUUUUUUUUCAAUCAUGAAGGGCAGAAUCAAAAGUGACACAAGACAAGAGUAUACAGUUGUGCUCAAAAGUUAGUGAACACCACCAUAAAAAUGCACUCCUUAUCAAUGUGUGUAGAAUGUAGACAACAGCACUAGAAUGUUCGUCAAGCCCGUGGAAACAAACUUGAUUUCAUGUAAUAUACAUGUAUUAUCACCUGACUUCACAAUUGAAAUCUUAAACAUGAACAUGAACACUUUAAAUGCAGUAGGUAUGUUCAUUUUUCUGGCGGGUUUCACUAACUUUAAAGCACCACUCUAGACAGUUCAAUCAAAUAUCCGUAGACGUUUCAAAGGCAUUUCUAGGUACUGUAUAUGUAGUUAGUCAUUAGGUAUUGUAGAGAUUGACUGCUUGGUUCGUGUGACUUUUUUUUUUAACUUGAAGAGCAGAAUAAAAAAAAAUGCUACCGGAGUAUACAUGUAGAGAGAUCAACAAAUCAUCUGUAGACAUUGCAAAGUUAAUGAUAGGGUUUGUGAAGUCGGUCAUUUGGGUUUUGCAGAUAUUGGCAAUGCUGGUCAAAGAGCUUUUUGAAACCAUUGCAAAGUCAAAUUAUAGGUUUGUGAAGUCAGUCAUUUGGGUUUUGCAGAGAUUGGCAAUGCUGGUCAAAGAGCUUUUUGAAAACUUUAUCAUUUAUUUCAUCAAUUUAUUUUAUUCAGUUUCAAAGGAUAGAAAUGGAAGUACCACCAGUAUUGGCGUAAAUCUGUAACUUCACGCAGUUCAAUUAGGGGGGUUUAAACAAUGCCUUCAAUUCCACAUUUAUCAGAGUGCAGUAGCUUUUCUUUAAAAUUAAUUGAAAUGCUAUGAUUGAUUUUUAUGUGACAUGCAAAUUUGUAAUCGAAGGUUCAGCAAAACUAUUGACUUAAAUGUAAACCAGGCAAGACAAGUUCUCAUGGUUUUAUCCAUGUAUCAUGGAGCUGUUGUAUUCUGUAUAUAUAUCAUCACUGAUGUCAAGUUUGUCUUUCUUGUAUAGGCACUAUAAUCAACUAAUCGGUAUAACAAUUAUUGUCUUUCUGAAUUAAAAGUGACACGUGAUAUGAUAUGUCACUUGAUAUAGUACAGUCAAGUUUGAAACGCUAUCUGGGGCCCGUUGCAGAAAGAGUUGCAAUCAAACGCAACUCAAAAAAUCGUGCGCAACUUGAUUUUCAGCCAAUGA